GGGAAAUCUGAACAGGUUUUAUUUUCUUUCAUGAGAGAGAAGCCUGUUAUUUUAUUUCAGGCCUCGAAAGUAAUCAUGUUGGACUUCUUGGGGGCAUAAUGGCUGGUCCCUGCAGACCUGGGUUCUCCUUUCUUAUUGAUUUUGUUCUUUUGGCACACACAGCCCAACGUGCUCAGCGCUUGUGUGAAGUGAUAUGUGAGCAAUGAGAGAAGCAACCUGAUGUGAAAGGGGAAAACAAACUGCCUGAUGUUGGAGAGCAGAUCCACUGUAAAACUGACCGCAGGAUGCAGACUGUGCUGCUUCACCUGCAACACAACUCAAGCUUAGAAAGAAAAAGCACAGUAACAUUUUCUGCAAAAUGUUGCCCUUGUGUGUUCCGCUAUCAUUGGAAUGAGAAUUAUGUUUCACCAAGGGAUAGAAAGCAGUGGGAUCCUUUCCAGGAAGAAACAACUACUCCUCUGAUAUAUUUGCUGUAAUUCUUGGGCUUGAUUUAGCACUUUGGUUUACCACUCUACUGAAGAAUGCAGUAAAUCAGUCUCCCUCACGAGACAUCUGACAGAAGCUGUUUCUUUGACUAAGCUGACUGCAGCGGAAAAACCAAUGCCUACACCCCGUGACAGUUCUCUUCACUUGACUAAAACCUCUUGCUAAUGUGCGUGGAUGUUGAGCAAGCAAGCCAAGGACUCCUAAACCAGAAAUAACUACACUAACUUCACGUAGAUUAACAUAGUUAGUUUUGCUACAUUUUAAAUUGGUGCUGAGCCUCUUUAGAAUCUUCACAAUAUGAACUUGCGCUAUCAGUCCACUGAGAAUUCAGGAAUUCUUCUGAAUAUUAUAAUUUCACACUGAAUUUUGCAGUUGUCUUCACUCUUGGGCCACUGGACAAAAACUCCUGCACUUUCAGCUUUGGAUCUAAAUGCCAGCAUAUACUACUUGGCUCUGAUGCAGUUCUAGUGCAAUAAGAAAGCAAUUCACAUCUGUGUAUGACCUUUAUAAUCCUUAAAAGCCCUAACUAGCUCAUUUCUAAACCAAAGGAAGUGAGAGAAUACAUCCCAGUAUUACACAUCUCUUAUUAAUGCAUGUUCUGCUUAUCCAGGGCCUUUAGAGAUUGCUUCACACUUACGAAUGCGGCUUUUCCUAGUGAGCAACGGUCUCAUGACCCUGAGCAGUCUUCGAGGAACGCACUGUAGUCACUGCGCCCCACGCCAUCACCGAACCCUGCACCACCGCUUUGGAGCCUUGCGGAGCACGACUAGUGAAUGUCUCCUGGAGAACAGCCAGCUGCGCUGCCCAGGCGGAGGAAUCCGGCAGCUCUGCCCCUCCUCGCCCCGGUACUCCCCGCCGCGCGGCCCGGCGCUCGGAGCGGCCGCUGGGGGAGGCGAGUCAGCGCUGGGCCCCGGAGAGGGCCGGCCGUGCGCCGGCGCCGGGGCGGUCCUGCAGCCGCUCCGAGCCGAGGGCAGGGCUUAGGGAAGCCGCUCCCGGCACUGGGUGAGGGCUACCGGGGGCUGUCUGUCCACCCGACCCCGGGGGCGGCCUCAACCGGGGCCACCGCGGCUCCCCGGGACCUUCCGCUCCUCCCUGAGGAAGCUCCGCCUGUUGCGCGGCCCCGCGGAACCGGCUGCUGCGGCGUCCGCGACCCGUGAACGAGGCGUUUUUCCUCCGGCCGCGUGCUCAGCUGGUUGGGUUUUCCAUUUCCCAGGCAUUGCUCUGUCCUUCUGAGAGUAACUGCGAGAGCUCUGGCCGAUGCCCUCAGAACAUGUCUAAUUGGACCAGUCUGUGGUACAUUUGGUUAAUCUUGCUGGCUCUGUUCCUGCUCCUGCUCUGCGGGAUCACAGCGAGCUGCAUCAAAUUCUGCUGCCGAAAGAAGAGGCUUCCAGUGGAAACCUUCUCUAGGCACCCUUAUGAUUUGACAGUUAUUGCUAUUGACAGUGACAGCACUGCCCAUAGCACAGUGACCUCAUACAGCUCAUGGCAGUACCCUUUAAGUGCCCCUGUUCCUUCAGUAUUUGUGGAUAUGGAUAAGAACACUGUGUCCCUUCCAGCUUACAGUCUCUAUGCAAUGGAGUUGCCACCUUCUUAUGACGAAGCUGUCCAAAUGGGUAAACAACACAUCGAAGUACCACGAAUAAGCCAGAAAUGCAAUGACAUCCCUGGACAGGUGGCAUCCGGUGGGAUGAAUCCCGUCCAGUAUUCACCUGAUACAAGCAACAGAUAUCCAGCAACACAGGCAAAUUCAGGAAAUUCAGAAGGUGCAACACAAGAACAGCUGCAGCUCUGUGACUUGUUUCAGAUGGGGAGUAAAGGAAGGGAAGGAGAGUAAAAGUUAAAGAAGACAUGAAGAGUUUGGUUUUCCAAGUAGGUUAUGAUGGAAAGAUGUUUCCUUUCAUGCCCUUGUAAUGAUCUGCCAGUUAGAAGAAAUUUUUUUUGUGACUGCUAUUAUCUCCUGGUAAAGCUUCUUCAAGGAUAUGAAAUGAAGUAAAAGGGCAGCAGUUUAAAAAUGCCUAUAAAAGUGGGACAAAGCAAAAGGGCAGCAGUUUAAAAAUGCCUGUAAAAGUGGGACAUGAAUUGCUUGUUCACCUUCUGAUAAAAAUAAUAAAAAUAUUCCUUGUGUCCAGCAUAUGGCAAUAAAAAAGGGCAGAGGAAUUUUGCCAUCUCGGGAACACACACGAAGAGUCAGAACAGUACAAACAGCAAGUUGUUCCAGUACAGAAGCUUCCCACAUCGGAGUGGAAAGGGGAACCCUAGCAAGUCACACAGAAUAGCCUCUGUAGUUUCUCUUCUUUUGAGAACAUUAACUGCCCAGAAAAUGGCUGAAGUGCAAAUUGCUGCAUAAUGGCCCAUGCUCCUUAAACUGCAGGACGAGGACAAACAAGGACAGGAAUGCCUGUGGAGGGAAAUGCAUUAAGCUAUGUUCCACAGCCAGCCACAAGGAAUGAGGCAGAUGAGAAAAGAUACUUUCUUUAUCGGUCAUGAAACCCAAAGGGAUUGUUUCUGAGUUUUUUUUAAAUCUUCAAACUUCUAUUUUCAAGGUGAGCUGGCUUGUGGGCAGGACCCUUUUGCUACUUAGUUUUUCCAGUUAAAGUACAAAUUAGUCUCAAAGAGACACUUUCACGCAUAGUUAAGCAUUACUAAUGUGUUUCAAAUUUUUCAAAUAUUUCAAAGAUGGCUUUAUACCUUAUUAUCUGCUCAGGUGUCAGGGUCACAGUCAGUACAGAAAAGAAGAAAUCAAAGAUUCCUGGCAGCUUUCACCAGUUUAGUACUUAGAUGGGCCCAGUCAUGUGCAGGAUGAUACAAAGCAUGCUCUGGCUGUGCCAGCUAGCAUAAGUUAUAACUACAAAAUACUAUGCUACAGUCUGGGCAAUAAUCCAAAGAAAUUACUCUUUAGAGGUGAUUCUUUGUGAAGUACUGAUAGCAAGGUUAACUGCUAUGCAUCAUAUUAAAACUGGGAGCUUGGAGUUGAUUCCAGUGAUUUCAGCCCAGGCAAAAAUAUGGGCUACGAGAGGCCUUUUUUAAAAUGACAGCUCUUUUCCCUUUCUUGCCCCUCCAGUAUUCCAAACAGUAUGAAUUUUUUCCAAUCCUGAGUAGUUAUUUUCUUUGAAUCCACUUCAGUAAGGUGCUAAUUUGUCUACAUUUAAAAACAUGAACAAUCUGCAGGAUGGUUCAUUGCUGUGGGAUUAUCUAUGGGAUAUGAGCAAGAAAGAAAGUGCUAUGUCACAGUUAAUGUUGACUGACCUUCUACUAACAAGAAUAUGACUGAUGGUCAUUUUUGCUGAAGUUGCUUUGGUAGCUGUGAAAUGGGGCUGCCUCCUGCAAAUAUUUAGGUGUCUGUCAUUAAUAAGUAAUAGAAGUGGUGGGCACAAAGUCUUGCACAGCUUCUAGAAGACUAUCCUGUGACAAACAUUACUGCAAGAGCUACCCUGGAAAUGAGCACUAAUGAUUUAAAAAUUGAGAUCUCUGCCAGCCAACAGGGCUGAGUCUAGAAUCUCUGCUACACAUUCAUGGUGUGCGAGCUGUUUAUGAGUCCAUCUUCGUAGAGAAGUGUUGGUUCUGUGUUUAACUUGCAUAAAGCUUACUGUGAGGGUUGCAGGGAGAGAUUGAUUUAACAAAUCUGCUUCUCUUCUGUCUCAUCUGUCAUUCUUAAUUAUACUCCUCCUGUUUUAUUCUGCCCUUUGCCUUCCUUUUCUGUGUUAAGAUGGAGACUAGGCAUAACCCAGUGUAACUACUUGGAUGUCUCUAACUGGAAAAGCAAUAUAUGCCCAGUCCUGGGUUUCUCCGAGUCACAAAUACAGCAGAUGUAUUUUUAAUUAUAGAACUUUUCCAUCAGGAUAGCACUCAGAAACAAAUCCUAUGCCUUUCGAAGAGGAAACAUCUGUUGGAGGGAAAUGGCCGAGUGCUCACUCGCUAAUAGAAAGAGGAAUAUAAACCCAGGCAAAUGAAAAAACAGAGACUGUCACAAGAGGGCAGUCCUGCACUUUCCACUAUAUUACGCUAUAUCACCACUGGGAACAGCUUUGUAGCCGAGGAGCUAUCGGCGCUACAAAGAGGCGAGGGCGCUUCUUAGGCUCGGGUUUGCUCAGUUCUCCAGAGAUCACUCAAGGACUGAGCUUGCUUGAGGAGGAUGGGAGAACAAUCACAACGGUUUGACUUCCCUUCAUGCUUUUGCUUGCACAGUAAUGCUGAAGGAAGUGAGUUUCUGUGUGUGUAUGUAGGAAGCAAGUGUCAUUUGAUACAGCAUAGUGAAUGAAGCACUUAGUUUUUUCCCCGGCUUCCUAGGAAGAAGGGCAUAAUCUGGUGUUUUCUUUCUAACACCUAACGAAAAGCUUUUUGUCUUGCCCAGGCUCUUGCCUUGUAACAUGGUUCAUUAAUUCAAACAAAAACUACUUAUUAACGUAAACUCCUGACCUAAUCAGCCUGCAGGAGCACAGAAUUUUCUUUGCAUGUCAAAAGCAGCUCAGUUGGCUCGUCAGUAGUGAUGUCUCAACCCUUUAUCACAAUCGACUGGCUCCUCACAGAAAGUUGGUAAUCAAAGCUGUCCCCAGCCCUUUGUCUUUGAGGAAGCAGAUUCACCCUGCAACUGUUCAUUAUUUACAUCUCCACUUAACAGGUUUCUUCAGUUCAACAGCAUUGCAGAAGUUAUACCCCUUCAGCUCAUGACUAGGGGAUUCACAAAUUCUGUUUAAACUCCUGCAGCAAACAAAGAGCUCUCUUCCCAUCUUGAGAACAGUUUCUAUUUGCGUAGUAAAUCCAGUUCAUCAAUUAGUAUCAUUAGUUGCAUGUGGGAACACAGAGAGGGAAAAUGACCCUUUAACAAACUAAUGUCAGAUAAAAGAAUUAAAAGGGCCAUCUCCUGCAUCCUGGUUUAGACAAGCAACAGCUUGGAAGUGUUGCUCUCAUAUGCCUUACAUACCACUAAAUAGCAGGAAGUAGAACGGAAAAGUGUCCAUUGAUCAUCUGGGUCAUUUCUGUUUAAUUGGAUAAGUUGGAAAAAGACAGACCUUCUUGUUACUAUAUAUAAAAAUAAGCUUAGUAGACAGCUUUCACUCAAUGUAUAUUUUUGCAAUGCGAUGGAAAGGAACACUAUGAGCUCCUAACCCUACUGUAUGGUUAGAAUAAACUUGUUUGCUGUAACUGAUGUUUUAAAGUUCACUGAGAAAAUCCAAAAAUGUGGAAUGGAGAUUAAUGCUCUGUCUUCAUUGCUCUGUCUUCAUUCUUACUGCUGUUUUCCAUAGAAGUUUCUCUCUUGACUUUUGCUUUGUGUUCUGCAAAGCUCUGUUUACUUUUGGUGCAGGAUCUGACUUUGUAGUCCUAGAAAACUUGUUUUGUUGUUGAUGCUCUUACUGAGGCUCAAACAGCAAGUGGGAUACUUUCAAAACCUAGGCAUUGUGUUCCUUUGUGUUUAUUCUACUGAGCAUGUAAGAGGGAAAGGACUACUCUUAAAAUUUACUUGUUCUUACUGGGUAUUGUGAUUUGAAUUUGCUCAUUUGGCACUGCUCAACAUAUAAUUUUUCUUCUCUCAUUUACCCAAAAUGAUCAUUUUGCCAGUUAUUUUCUGUUGUUAUCCGCUGGCUGUGUGAAAGAACUUAUGAUGGGGAGAUGUACUGCUGGAGAAGUUGGUGCUUACCUCACUGUUGUCAGCUUGCAGUCCUGCCUCUCCUCUCACACACACAUGCACUCAUCAUGAGCACUUGUGCUCAAAAGGCAAAUGCAGACUUGGAACUAAAUUGCCUCAAUAAUUCAUAGGCUUUAUAGCCCAGAGCAAAUUAUACCUUGGCUCUGUCAUGAAAUUCAGGUUGCAAAUCCCUUUAUAGCCAAGCGCAUUAACAAUCUAAGUAAAGCGGUACAUCUAUAAUGGCUUUUAUAAUCGACGCAUUAUAAUCUUUGGAGAAUAUUAAGUGGUAGACCUGCAGCAUCCAGACUAGAGCAUCAACAAGUGUCUGGACACAGUAAGAGUAAGAGAAAAAACAUUUCUUUUUCUGCCUUGUGGCUGCCUUUGUCUGCAUUGCUGCUCCCAAGCAGCUUAGAAGGAGGUUUGGUUUGUCUGUUUACUGACUGCCAUUCAACUUUACCAGAUGCAGUUUUUGAGGGAAAAGAAUCACUGUUGUUGCCAGUCUGAUGCGUGGGACACUCAGUCACAUGUGUAAAACCUGCUUACUUAGAGAAUAAAAUAGCUCUCAGGGAAUCAGUUUCCAGAUUCUUGCUCUCAGCUGUCUCCUGGCUCUGAUUCUAUCUUUACCUGUUAGAACUAUCUUUACUCAGGGAACCAGUUACUAAAUUUGCUGCAAAAGCAGAGGUUCUUUCCUUUACCCACAAUUAAAAUUCAAACUGUGAGAGAAGCCUUUGGAUUCUGUUCAGAGCAGACUAUGAAACCAAAGUAUCCCAGGGGAAUUGUGCUCUAUAAAAAUAAAGACAAAUGUUUUAUGAAA